AUGCAUCAGUCGCCUGCCCUGUUUGUUUUGGUCCUUGUGGCAACAGCAGCAGCGACCUGGAGCAGCUUCUUCCUCGUCGCGUACGCACGGCAGCUCGAACCCGUGCAUGCGGCCGGUGAGAGCUGUAUAGGGCGCGAGAGGGACGCCUUGCUUAUCUUCAAGCAAGGCAUCAAUGACACCGACGGCUUUCUCAAGUCGUGGCAACCAAGGCGCCAAGAUUGCUGCCGGUGGGCAGGCAUCACGUGCAGUAACAAAACCGGCCAUGUCAUCCAGCUCGACCUUGGCGGAACAUAUUUAAUGGGCCAGAUAAGUCCUUCCUUGCUAUCUCUAGAGCAACUUGAAUACCUCAAUCUUAAAUCGACAUCUCUGACUGGGCAUAAUGGUGGUAUUCCCAAGUUCUUGGGUUCCUUCAAGAACCUGAGACAUCUCGACCUCUCCGACAUGUACUUCACUAUGGCGCCUCCACAGCUUGGGAACCUUUCCAAGCUAGAAUAUCUCGACCUCUCCAAUUCCAGGAGGAUGUACUAUUCAGACAUCUCAUGGUUGACCCGUCUACCUCUGUUGCUGCAUCUUGAUAUGAGUGAAACUAAUCUCAGCUCAAUUGCUGACUGGCCUCUUGUGGUGAACAUGCUUCCAUCAUUGCAAUACCUCGGUCUUUUUGGCUGCUCACUCCCAAGUGCAAAUCAAUCCCUCACACACCUAAACCUCACAAAUCUUCAACACCUUGGUCUCUCCAAUAAUAACUUUGGUCAUCCAAUUGCAUCCGCUUGGUUUUGGAAUGUAAGAAGCAUUACAGAACUUUACCUUUGUCAAACCUCUCUCUAUGGUCCAUUUCCUGAUUCACUAGGAAAUAUGACGUCCCUCCAAGUGCUAUAUUUUGGCUGCCAUCUGGAAUAUGUUUACCCAGCCACCACAACCUGUAACGCGGCAACAAUGACAGUAGACAUGAGAAAUCUAUGUGAUUUGGAAUAUCUGCGGCUUGAUGGAAGUCUCUCAUCUGGAAACAUUACAAAAUUCCUUGAGAAUUUGCCACAAUGUCCAUCGAACAGAUUGAAAUACUUGAGUAUGCAGAGCACCAAUAUGGUUGGAAUUAUAGCAGAUGGGUUGGGCCAGUUAACUAGCUUAACUAGCCUUGUCCUUUCGUACAAUAACAUUACAGGUUCCAUACCGCUAAGCAUAGGCAAUUUGUCUCAUUUAGAGUAUCUUGACUUUUCUAACAACCAUCUUACUAGUAUACCACAAGAACUGGCGAAUUGCACUAGUUUGCAGAAUAUAUAUCUAUCUAAUAACAAUCUUGUUGGACCUAUACAGCUAGGUAUAGGGAGUUCCACUAGAUUACAGAGCCUUGACCUUUCUUACAAUAGUAUUACCAGACUUAUACCGCCAGGGAUAGGGAGUUACAUCAGAUUAGAGCACCUUGACCUUUCGUACAACCAUCUCACUGGACCUAUUGCACCAUGGUUGGGGAAUUUCACUCGAUUAUAUUACAUAACUCUAUCUAACAACCUUCUUACUGGAAAUAUACCACCAGAGUUGGGGAAUGCCACUAACUUGGAGUUUAUUUCUCUUUCCAACAACCAUCUAUCUGGACCUAUACCACUAGAGAUAGCGAGUUGUACUGGACUAGGGUACCUUAGUCUUGCUAAUAACCAUCUUACCGGACAUGUGCCAUCCAAGAUUGGGAUGCUCACUAAUUUGGUGGAGCUCGACCUCAACAACAAUAACUUAGAUGGUGGCAUCACGGAGGAACACCUGGCUACUCUGAAAAGCUUAAGGCACAUGGAUUUAUCGAACAAUUCUUUCUCAGGACCUCUGCCUUCAGAAUAUGGAGCUCUAGGAUUAAUAGAGUUGACUUUAUCCUUCAACUACUUCAGUGGUCAUAUUCCUGAAUCUAUUUUCUGCAAGUUGAGGAGCCUACUUGUCCUGGAUCUAUCACACAACCUUCUAGAGGGAGAACUUCCUCGGUGUUCUCAGAAGCUUAACUUGGUUUUCCUCCACUUAAGUAACAAUGGAUUUUCUGGCAAGUUCCCGUCCGCACUUCAAAACUACACGAGUUUGUCUUUCAUGGAUCUUUCAAAAAAUAAUUUAUAUGGAGAAUUGCCAUUAUGGAUUGGCGACCUGGUAUACUUGCGCUUUCUGCAGUUAAGUCACAACUUCUUAUCUGGAGAUAUUCCGGUGACUAUCACAAAUCUUAAGCGCCUUCGUCAACUAAGCUUAGCAGGCAAUAGUAUGUCUGGUAUCAUGCCUUGGUCUUUGUCAAAUUUAACUUCAAUGACUCAGAAACAUCCAAGGAGGCCAGGAGUUGACAUGUAUGUAUGGUACACUAGCUAUGUAGGUAAAUUUAGAGAAGUUUGGCCAGUCGUGAUGAAGCGCCAAGAACUUAAGUAUGGGCUUGGAGUUUUUGAUGUGGUCGGUAUUGACCUAUCGCUCAAUCAGUUGGUCGGUGAAAUUCCAGAUGGGAUAACUUCUCUUAACGGAUUGUUGAAUUUGAACUUAUCUUGUAACCAGCUGAGUGGGGAAAUUCCUGCGAAGAUUGGGCUGAUGAAAUCAAUUGAAUCACUAGACCUGUCAAGGAACAACCUUUCUGGCGGAAUCCCUACAAGCUUGUCUGAUUUGACAUAUUUAAGCUUCUUGGACUUGUCAUAUAACAAUCUUGAAGGAAGAAUACCACCUGGAAGUCAACUUGACACCUUGUACAUGGAGAACCCAUCCAUAUACACUGGCAACAUUGGUCUGUGCGGCCACCCUCUUGAAAGGAAUUGCUCGGGAGACAAUACACUAGAGCAUGUGAAUCAACAUAGAAGGGAGAAGGUUUCUGAGCCAGUGUUGUUCUUUUACUUUGGGCUUGGGUCUCUAUUUCUUGUUGGCCUAUGGGUCGUGUUUUGCACUCUGCUAUUCAAGAAAGCAUGGAGAGUUGCCUAUUUCCGUCUCUUCGACAAGGUUUACGACAAUGCAUACGUGUUUGUGGUUGUUACUUUGGGUAGGAUGAAAGGGAAGGCCACGAGUUGAGUGGGAA